GGCGGUCACGUGCCGCGCGCAGGCCGGAAGGAGCGGGGCAGCGGCGGCUAAAUGGAGCGGGGCCGGCGGGAGGGUGGCGGCCCGCUUUUAAAGGUGACAUUUGGAUUUCCUUAAAAAAGAAAAGAGAAAAGAAAAGCACUACUGAGGAUCUGGAGAGGAAAUGCUGCAUCCUUUCUCCCGGAGCGCUCUGUGAGGUCAGCUUGAGAGGAGCCAGAACCUCACCUUGCUCGAAGGCGACCAGAAGCCACGGUGCUGCCUGCAGGCAGAAAGCAGGAAUUGAUGCUCUUCUGUCAACAUAGUUCCUCACACUUGCCUGAGUGCCAUGCGUGGGCCUUGAUGCUUCUAAGAACAGCUGUUGAAAAUGGCAGAGAGAGCUGGGAAUGAAGAAGCAGUUCACCUAAGCAGCUUCCAUAGCCACAGAGGGAAAGACCGAGUAAACCGCAGGGAUGAAGGUCUUAUCACAAUAUCAGAUUCCUCGGAUGAAGAAUUACCUUUGCAGGAAACACCAGCAGAGCAGCAGCGGGAUGAUGAUGAUGAUGAAGAUGUGGUCAUCUUGGCAGAGACCUCCAAGCAUCAGCAGUUCGUGCGUCCCAACGUCAUCAGACCUGCUGCUCGGUGGCAGGGUGCAAACGCUGUGGGAGAAGGAGGAUCUAAAAAUGCUGUAGGGCCUUUGGGGAGCGUGUGUGUGCAGGAUGACAUCUCAGCUCUGCUGUGCCAGAAAGACCACGGGGCGCUGAGCAGUGCUGGACCAAGCAAGGAGGAGAGUGUGAACUUUGCCUUGCAGCAGCCGGGGCCACCUGAGCUGAAUGGCCCCAGGUCUGAACUUACGAGCGACCCUGAGCCUGGCCUGAGUUUGUUUCCAGCAGUAAUAACGAGUCCGCAGCUUGUUAACAGGGAAUUUGUUAGUCUGGGGAAAGCAGAGUUUCCACCACCGCAAAGGGAAAAGGUGGAAGCCCAGGGCUGGCAAGGGGAGGACUUAAAGGCAGAGCUCUCGCAGAGCAUCGAUGGAACAGCUGCUGCAACCACCACAGAGCAGGAGAUCCAGGACAGCAGCCCGCCGGGUCCCCCCUGCCUGCAGCCUCUGGACACGGAGCCGCGCGCUGUGCUCAAUGGCUGUGCUCCACAGCAGGGGCAGCCCGAGGCAGGCUCAGCAUCUCUGAGGGCCUAUGGAGAGGAGGCUCCAGGGCCGGCCUUUCCCAGACCGGAGCCACAGCAGGAUGGCAUUCCGGGUCCUGCUUCACCACAGCCGGCACAUCCACCAGAGGAGACCAGGGGACAGCAGGCAACAGACAACGAGCAGCCCGGCCCUGCCUUCCCAGCGCAGGGCUCGCAUGAACUCGGGUCCAGCAGCGUGCCAGAACAAGGGGCUGCGGGGCAGGAGGACCAGGACUUCACUGCCCUGCUCAUCAGAGAGACAGAAGCGAGAUUUCCAGAUGUGAGGAAGGAAUAUAUUGAAGAGCUAAUCAGCAUCAAGGACUGCUAUGACUUAAAUGUUUUUCUUUCCAGACUUUGUAACUUCCUUCUGGAAAACCCAGAUUACCCAAAGAAGGAAGGCAGGAUGGUUUUAAAUCCCACCAGCAGCCUGCUUGCCAGCCAAGAUGAGACAAAGGUGCCUAAAGUGGACUACUUUGACUUCUCCAAGCUUGCCCCGCUCGAUCAGCGGUGCUUUAUUCAGGCAGCUGACCUUCUCAUGGCAGACUUCAAGAUGCUGAGCAGCCAGGACAUUAAGUGGGCACUACAUGAGCUCAAGGGACACUAUGCAAUCACACGAAAGGCCUUUUCAGAUGCCAUCAAAAAAUGGCAGGAGCUGUCUCCAGAAACCAGUGGGAAACGAAAAAGGAGAAAAGAAAUGAAUCAGUAUUCAUAUAUAGAUUUCAAAUUCGAGCAAGGUGAUGUGAAGAUUGAGAAGCGGAUGUUCUUUCUGGAGAACAAGAGGCGGCACUGGAGGUCCUAUGACAGGCUCUCACUUCUCCCUCCAGUGCUACUGGAGCAGGAAUUCUAUGAGCAAAAAGUUAAAGAGAUGGCAGAGCAUGCAGACUUUCUCCUUGCUCUGCAGAUGAAUGAGGAACAGUAUCAGAAGGAUGGUCAGAUGAUAGAGUGCCGCUGUUGUUAUGGGGAGUUUGCUUUUGAAGAGCUAACUCAGUGUGCAGAUGGUCACUUGUUCUGCAAGGAGUGCCUAAUUAAAUAUGCUCAGGAGGCAGUCUUUGGCUCUGGGAAGUCAGAGCUCAGCUGCAUGGAAGGCAGUUGCACGUGUUCGUUCCCCACCAGCGAGCUGGAGAAGGUGCUUCCAGAAACCAUCCUGUGUAAAUACUACGAGCGGAAAGCCGAGGAGGAGGUGGCUGCUGCCUGUGCAGAUGAGCUUGUCAGGUGUCCCUUCUGUAACUUCCCAGCUCUACUGGACAGCGAUGUGAAGAGGUUCAGCUGCCCUAAUCCCCGCUGCAGAAAGGAAACAUGUCGGAAGUGCCAGGGGCUGUGGAAGGAGCACAUGAACCUCACCUGCGAGCAGCUGGCUGAGAAGGAUGACAUCAAGUAUAGGACAUCCAUAGAAGAGAAAAUGACAGCGGCCCGAAUCAGAAAAUGCCACAAGUGUGGGACCGGCCUGAUCAAAUCGGAGGGCUGCAACCGCAUGUCGUGCCGCUGUGGAGCGCAGAUGUGCUACCUGUGCCGGGCCGCCAUCAACGGCUACGACCACUUCUGCCAGCACCCCCGCUCACCUGGUGCUCCCUGCCAGGACUGCGCCAAGUGCUCCCUCUGGACGGAUCCCACAGAAGAUGACGAGAAGAUAAUUCAGGAGAUUCAGAAGGAGGCUGAAGAGGAGCAGAGGAAGAAAAACGGAGAGAACAGCUUCAAGCGGAUCGGCCCUCCGGUGGAAAAGCCCAUGGAGAAAAUGCAGAGAAUUGAAGUCAUCCCCAGACCUGUUCCUCAGAACCUCCAUCAGCCACGGAUGCCUCCUUACCCCUUCGUUCACCCUCCCUUCCCGCUGCCCCCCGUCCGUCCCAUCUACAAUAACAUCCCCCUCAACAUCGGCCCCAUCCCCGCCCCCUACGUGCCCCCGCUGCCUAACAUGAGGGUGAACUAUGAUUUUCCCCAGAUCAACGUUCAGCUGGAGCACAACUUGCCUAUGCACUUCGGCCCUCAGCCUCGGCACCGCUUCUGACGCCGUUCGGAUGGCGUCGGUCCCCGCAGGACGAAGCCCCUGGUAGCAUCACCCCGUCCUGCUGCAGCCCCCACACAGCCAGCUGCAGGGGAGCUGCUGUGCCUGGCACACGCCUGCACUACACCCUUAUCUAUAGCUUCUCCGGACCUUUACAAUCAAACAUUUCAACCUGUGCUGCAACAGGGCUUGGUGCUGCAUUUCCAAGGUCUCUUCCUAUGUUGGGAGUCCUUUUUUUGUUUGUUUUUUUUUUUAAAUUUUUAUUUGGCAAAGACUAUUCAGACAGCUGCUGAGAGGGAAAAUGAGACUUGUGGAGCACAGGGGAUGCAAAAGAUCCUUGGGAGUCUUCCAAAACUCCAACCUUCCUGCUGGCCAGAGCAGCUGCAACAGCCUGAGUCCUGUGGGAAGGGAGGAGGGACUUGGCACCUGAGUAAGACCUUCAGGAACAAGGUAAUGGGACUCGGCUGCCCUAAGCCCAAGGUUUGGGGUUCCCAUGUUCUCCAGCAUCCCUGUAACCUGCUAACACCUCCCAGCAGAAAUAAAUUGUUCCAAACCAAGUUAAUGUAGUGUAUUUAGCAUUUCUCGCUCUGCACAGAGUGAGGGGAUGCAGCAGCCACCUCAUUGCUCAGUUCUUGUUCAGCAGCCCAGAGCCACAUCCCAUCUCAGGGCUCCAGGAAGCAGAAAACUCGGCCAUCUCGAUCCUUGAGAGCAGUUUGCCCCUUCUACAGGCUCAGGUGUUCAUUCCCAGCAGGAAGCUGCCCUCCAGCUUCCAGCACAUGGCCUUUCUUUUGCUGUUCUCAUGCGGGCCUCCCAAAUCCCCACCAGCAGUCAGGGGUAGGUAAUGGACAGCUGUGUGUGCCGGGUGCUGUGGUGUCAGUGCUGGUAACCACCAGCAUGUUCUGCACUCAGGGGCUGUGCUUUGUGUCUGGGACAGCCUCCCCAAAAGCAGCAAAGCAUUUGGAGGGGCAAACCCAGCAGGAGCUCUGGGCUGGCUCUUACCCACCCGCUGUGCAGUGGAUCCCAGGUUGUUUGGGCUGUGCUGCAUCCUGCUUUCCCCCAUGUUCCAGCGUCCAGGUGUCCUUGGGCUGUGUUUGUUUUUCAGGUAGCACUUCCUUGCCUUUCAGAGUCCAUUCUCUGCUCUCAGACAUUUCCUGUGGGUUGGAUGCAUCCUACCAAGCAUUCCCACCCCUCAGUGCCGUGGUCUCUAGCAUUAAUAACCCAGUGGCAUUCACUUGCUGCUAUUACUUAUUAUUUUUUCUUUUUAAUGCUGUUUUUUUUUUAAUUGUUAUUUUUCCUCCUUAGUCUGUACCUGAAGACAGCCCCGGGGCCAAUGUGCUUGAGUUGCUGAGAUCUGCCCACCUCUCUGACAGGUGGGUGAUGGGUGCUCAGGGCCUGUCCUGGGGAUGGAGGUGGCACUCAGUGCUGUGCUGCAGCUCUCAUCUGGCUGCAUUUGCUCUGCCUUGGUGCAGCACUGCAGGAUCUCUCGCAGGCACAGCUGCACCCUUUGCUGCUCUCCUGCAGCAGCCGUGUGCUCGGCACAGGCAGUGCUGUGAUAGCAGAAGUCGGGCUCCCGUUCCCUCUUUUGAUGCUUUGCAAAGAUGCACGGCCGUAUUGGGAUCUCAGCACGGGCAGGGAGAAGUUUGGGGAUGGAGAAAAAGGGACAGAAGUGGUGAGGUGGCAUUGGAGAUGGCAUGGGGUGGGUGGUGCCGGGGGUCUGACCCCAUGUCUGUGGGUCAGCACCAGCACCUCCCUGGGGCACGGGGCUCAUCCUGCUGCCCCACAGCCACGUCACACUGCAGAAGAGGCCUGGAGGAUUCAAGAGAAGGGCAGGGAUAGGGCUGUUCUCCCUCACAACCGUGGUGCUGUGUGCCUGGGCUGCUCCUUCCCUCUGGCCUGGGAGAUGCCCAGCAGUGGUUCCUGGUCAUGUUUGAGUCCAUUGCUGGUUUGGGUCGUUCUGUUACAAAAGCAAAGCUCUGCACAGCCAGCAGAGCCACUGCCUGUGUCCCCUCAUGUCCUGGAGGAGCCGUGGCUGCAUCCUCUACCAGGUACUCAUUACGGUUAAUUGCGGUGUCCCGUUUAACUUGCCUUAAAGGUGGGGAGAGAAACUUAGUAUUUGCACUUAGCAAAAACGUCCUAUUAAAAGAAAGAAACCCUGUAAAGAUGUGCAUGUUCUGCAACUUUGUAUAACGAUAGCCGAAAACAAAUAGGUUGGUUUAUUGAAAUAAAAGAAAUAAAUAUUUUUCUUUA